GCGCGGGGCGCGGAGAGCAGAGAGCUCCGGGGUUGAGUCUGCCAGGGUGCUGGGCUCAGGGACCGCGGCGGUGCUGGCGGCGGCGGGCGAUGCUGCUGCUGCCUGCCUACCCUGGGCUCCACUGCUGUGGGUGAAGGCUCAGUCUAGCCAAACCCAACCGCCAAAGGAGUCCGAAGCGGGACUGGAGUUGGAGGAGAGAGAGAAAGGAAGAGGAGGAGGUGAAGGAGGAUGGGCUGCGGAGGGAGCCGUGCCGAUGCCAUCGAGCCCCGCUACUACGAGAGCUGGACCCGAGAGACCGAAUCCACCUGGUUGACUAACACGGACACAGACCUGCAGCUCUCAGCUACCGCUACAGCCGCCGGGCUCAGCCCCGGGGAACAGGACAGCGGCCCAGAGGCGGGCGGCCUGCGGGACCAGGGCUCCCUGUACGCGGGUGAAAAAAGAACACAAGCAGAUGUCAGCAAGAGAAGUCACCAUCAGUGUUACCCAAAGCAUCCAACAAAUGGACAGAUAUAGAAGAAUUCUGAAGAAUUGAGUGAAUUAGCCGUGUUUUCAAAUCAAAGGGAGGAUGGACACUAAUGUCAUUUGGCAGUACUUUGCUGAUCUCUCAAGGGAACUUAAAGAAACAUGGAUGUUCCUAAUUGAACAGGCUAAAUUGCUGAGUGCCUUGGGUUACUUUGCAUCUCUUACCUGGCAUCAAACAACUGCCAUCAAUGUUUGGACAUUCGCUGAGCUGUGUGUACCUAAUGUGUUGGCAGAGUACUCCUACAUGACAAUAAACUGCUAAUGGGACAUUUGAUUUUUUCCCCCUC